AUGAAAAAGGGAACAGAUUUUAACCUCCUAUAUGACGAGGAAAAAAAAAACCUCGUGGGGUUGCUAAUCGAAAAUAAUUUCGACGAAAUAUACGAACCGAUAACCACAGAAAGUCUCAGGUUUUUUGUGCCCCUCAACGGAGUAUGCCUAAUUGAUUAUCAAUUACACUUCUUCAAGCAGAAUAAUAUUAAAAAAAUUUACGUAGUGGUGACUCAUCACGAGAAGGAAUUGCAGCAUUACAUAGAGAAAUUUCAGAAAAGCAAAAGAAGGUACAAUGAUUUAGACAUUGAAAUAAUUAAAUUAAGUAAAAAGGUAAAAACCUUAGGUGACGCAUUAAGGGACUUUAAAAAAUGUGUGGAGAUUUAUCAAGACACAUUAUUGCUGCUGUCCGAUACAAUUCCAAUUGCAAAUAUAAAAGAAAUUAUAAAAGCUCAUUUUGUUAAUAAGGAAAAAUGUAAAAAUCAAAUUAUGACACUUAUCUUGUCCCAUUGUAUUGAUGAAAAUAAAUCCCACGAUGACGAUUUUGUCAUUGCUUAUGAUAAUUUUUCCUUCAAGCUUCUCCUGUAUGAACCGCUAAAAAAUAAAAAUUAUUUAAUAUUAACUAGCGAAAUAUUUGAUAAUGUAAAACCUAGGGAUGGUAAGAAGGGAGGAAGCGGGGCAAAUGCCGGCGGAGUAAAUACCCAUGGGAAGAAGGAACAAAAGUAUUCUCUAUCCAAUGUAGGAGGAAAUAAAGAAUACCAUACACCAACCAUCAAUUUUAGUACCUCUACCAACUCGAUAAUCAUCUCAUAUGACCUUGUAAUGCCAAACAUUUUUAUUAUCACUCCGCAAGUUUUCAAGUUGUUUGAAGAGAAUUUUGACUAUCAGUGCAUGAAAAAAGAUUUCAUUUACAAUAUUCUGAAGCAGGAAAUUAAGAUAGAAGAAAUAUACGUCCAUGCAUUGAACAACGAUUAUAACUAUACAGAAUGUAACCAAAUAAUUACAACCUUGACAGAUUUUCGUAUUUAUUUUAAAUUUUUUAAAACAUUAAUUGAGAGAAAUGUUCACCCUUUUCUAGCCAACUCUUCACACCUUUUGCCUGACCUACCCAAAUUUACUUUCUGCGAACCGGGACUGUAUAAAGCCAAAAAUGCCAUCAUUGAUGAUUCCUGUAAGUUUCUAAAAAUUGUCUUGGUGGAAAAUUACACGGAAAUUUCAGAAAACACAGUUAUAGAAAAUUCCGUCAUUUGUAAAAAUUGCAAAAUUGGAAAAAAUGUAAAAAUUGUAAACAGCAUCAUAGGCAAAAAUUCUAUUGUAAAAGACAACGUAACGAUUAUCAGUUCCUUUAUCAGUGAGAAUAAUUCCAUUAAUCAGGGCGUAUACAUUGACGAAUGUUGUGUGGUGGGAAAGAAUAUGAAUAUCCCUGCGGGUACCAAAAUAGCAAAAUAUACCAGAUUAAGUGCCUUUAAACAUUUAAAGGGGCAAUUGAAGGUGCACAGAAGAAGCAAAGAACAGGACCACCAUUUUGCCGAGGAAACGGAGAAGAAGGACUCUAUUCCGGACGGGAACGGCGAAGAGGCGCCUCCUAACCUGCAGUUCGAGCAGGAGGUCGUCACCAAAGAGAAUGAGGAAAACACCUUCAAUGGGAAUGCGCCCAAGGAGUUCGAAGAGGAACCACACCGGGAGAAGCAGGCCAAUGUAGUGACUGAGGAGGUUAAUAUAGUGAACGAGGAGGUUAAUAUAGUGAACGAGGAGGUUAAUAUAGUGGACGAGGAGGUUAAUAUAGUGGAUGAGGAGGUUAAUAUAGUGGAUGAGGAGGUGGUGGAAGAAGAAGAAGUAAAGGAGGAUUUAAUGAAUGAUGUUAAGGAGGAAGUAAUGAAUGAUGUUAAGGAGGAAGUGAAAGAAGAAGUGAACGAAGAAGUAAAGGAGGAUAUAAUGAAUGAUGUUAAGGAAGAAGUAAAGGAGGAUAUAAUGAAUGAUGUUAAGGAAGAAGUAAAGGAGGAUAUAAUGAAUGAUGUUAAGGAAGAAGUAAAGGAGGAAGUAAAGGAGGAUGUUAAGGAGGAUGUUAAGGAGGAAGUAAAGGAGGAUGUUAAGGAGGAAGUAAAGGAGUAUGUAAAGGAAGAUGUAAUGGAUGAUGUUAAGGAGGAAGUGAAAGAAGAAGUAAAUGAGGAAGUGAAAGAAGAAGUAAAGGAGGAUGUUAAGGAGGAAGUAAAGGAGGAAGUAAAGGAGGAAGUGAAAGAAGAAGUAAAUGAGGAAGUGAAAGAAGAAGUAAAUGAGGAAGUGAAAGAAGAAGUAAAGGAGGAAGUGAAAGACGAAGUAAAGGAGGAAGUGAAAGAAGAAGUAAAUAAGGAAGUGAAAGAAGAAGUAAAGGAGGAAGUGAAAGACGAAGUAAAGGAGGAAGUGAAAGAAGAAGUAAAUAAGGAAGUGAAAGAAGAAGUAAAGGAGGAUGUGAAAGACGAAGUAAAUGAGGAAGUGAAAGACGAAGUAAAGGAGGAAGUGAAAGACGAAGUAAAGGAGGAAGUGAAAGAAGAAGUAAAUGAGGAAGUGAAAGAAGAAGUAAAGGAGGAUGUGAAAGACGAAGUAAAGGAUGAAGUGAAAGAAGAAGUAAAGGAGGAAGUGAAAGACGAAGUAAAGGAGGAAGUGAAAGACGAAGUAAAGGAGGAAGUGAAAGAAGAAGUAAAUGAGAAAGUGAAAGAAGAAGUAAAGGAGGAUGUGAAAGACGAAGUAAAGGAGGAAGUGAAAGAAGAAGUAAAGGAGGAUGUGAAAGACGAAGUAAAGGAGGAAGUGAAAGAAGAAGUAAAGGAGGAAGUGAAAGACGAAGUAAAGGAGGAAGUGAAAGAAGAAGUAAAUGAGGAAGUGAAAGAAGAAGUAAAUGAGGAAGUGAAAGAAGAAGUAAAGGAGGAAGUAAAAGAAGAAGUAAAGGAGGAUGUGAAAGAAGAAGUAAAUGAGGAAGUGAAAGAUGACGUAAAGGAUGAUGUAAUGGAUGAUGUUAAGGAGGAAGUAAAAGAUGAAGUUAAAGAAGAAGCCGAAAAGGAAAUAAAAGGGGAAGUGAACGAGAAAAUGAACGAGGAAGAAAUAAAGGAGGAAGUGAAGGAUGAAGUAAAGCAAGAAGUGAAGGAUGAAGUAAAGCAAGAAGUGAAGGAUGAAAUAAAGAAAGUAGUGAACGAUGAAAUAAAGAAAGUAAUGAACGAUGAAAUAAAGCAAGAAGGGAAGGAUGAAGUAAUGCAAGAAGUGAAGGAAGUAAAGGAUGAAGCGAAGAAAGAAGUAAAAAAGGGAAUAAGAGGCAUAUGGAGCAUGUGGAAGAAAUAUAGAAAACAAACAAAGGAGCAAGUAAAGGAUGAAGUGAAAAACGAAGUGAAGGAGGAAGUAAAGGAAGGAAUAAAGAAAGAAGUAAAGGAGGAUUUUAAAGAAGACGUGAAGGGGGGUGCUAAGGAGGAUGUAAAGGAAGAAGUAAAAGACAAUGUAAUGAAUGAUGCUAAGGAAGAAAUGAAGGAGGAGGUGAAAGGAGACGCAAAAGAAGACGAAAAGGAAAAUGUAGUGGAUGAUGUUAAGGAGGAAAUGAAAGAAGAAAUAAAGGAUGAUAUACUGGACGAUGUUAAGGAGGAAGUACAAAAUGAUGUAAUGGUUGACGUUAAGGAGGAAAUCAAGGAGGAUAUACUGCACGAUGUUAAGGAGGAAGUGAAAGAGGAAGUAAAGGAGGAAGUAAAAGAUGAUAUAUUGUGUGAUGUUAAGGAGGAAGUAAUGAAUGAUGUUAAGGAGGAAGUGAAAGAAGAAGUGAACGAAGAAGUAAAGGAGGAUAUAAUGAAUGAUGUUAAGGAGGAAGUGAAAGAAGAAGUGAACGAAGAAGUAAAGGAGGAUAUAAUGAAUGAUGUUAAGGAAGAAGUAAAGGAGGAUAUAAUGAAUGAUGUUAAGGAGGAAGUGAAAGAAGAAGUGAACGAAGAAGUAAAGGAGGAUAUAAUGAAUGAUGUUAAGGAAGAAGUAAAGGAGGAUAUAAUGAAUGAUGUUAAGGAGGAAGUGAAAGAGGAAGUAAAGGAGGAAGUAAAAGAUGAUAUAUUGUGUGAUGUUAAGGAGGAAGUAAAGGAUGAUAUAAUGGACGAUGUUAAGGACGAAGCAAAGGAGGAAGUGAAAGAAGUAAAUGAGGAAGUGAAAGAAGUAAAUGAGGAAGUGAAAGAAGUAAAUGAGGAAGUGAAAGAAGAAGUAAAGGAGGAAGUAAAGGAGUAUGUAAAGGAGGAAGUGAAAGAAGAAAUGAAGGAGGAAGUAAAGGAGGAUAUAAUGAAUGAUGCUAAGGAGGAAAUGAAAGAAGAAGUAAAGGAAGAAAUGAAAGAAGAAGUAAAGGAAGAAAUGAAAGAAGAAGUAAAGGAAGAAAUGAAAGAAGAAGUAAAGGAAGAAAUGAAAGAUGACGUAAAGGGAGAUGUAAUGGAUGAUGCUAAGGAGGAAAUAAAGGAGGAACUAAAAGAUGAUGUAGUAGAGGAAGUGAAGGAGGAAAUGAAAGAGGAACUAAAAGAUGAUGUAGUAGAGGAAGUGAAGGAGGAAAUGAAAGAGGACGUAAAAGGUGAUGUAAAAGAUGAUGUAAUAGAUGAAGGGAAGGAAGAAUUAAAGGAGGAAAUAAAAGAUGAUAUAUUGUGUGAUGUUAAGGAGGAAGUAAAGGAUGAUAUAAUGGACGAUGUUAAGGACGAAGCAAAGGAGGAAGUGAAAGAAGUAAAUGAGGAAGUGAAAGAAGUAAAUGAGGAAGUGAAAGAAGUAAAUGAGGAAGUGAAAGAAGAAGUAAAGGAGGAAGUGAAAGAAGAAGUAAAUGAGGAAGUGAAAGAAGAAGUAAAGGAGGAAGUGAAAGAAGAAGUAAAGGAGGAAGUGAAAGAAGAAGUAAAUGAGGAAGUGAAAGAAGAAGUAAAGGAGGAUGUGAAAGACGAAGUAAAUGAGGAAGUGAAAGACGAAGUAAAUGAGGAAGUGAAAGACGAAGUAAAUGAGGAAGUGAAAGAAGAAGUAAAGGAGGAAGUGAAAGACGAAGUAAAGGAGGAAGUGAAAGAAGAAGUAAAGGAGGAUGUGAAAGACGAAGUAAAUGAGGAAGUGAAAGAAGAAGUAAAGGAGGAUGUGAUGGAAGAAUUAAAUGACGAUGUGAAUGACGAAAAGGAAGAAAUGGAAAACGGCAACAUGGAAGUCGCAGCGGAAGAAUCAUCCGAACAGAACAUGCUGCAGGAAGAGGCCUUUGAUCUGAACAACUACAUCGUAAAGACCAAGUACUCUGAGGACCAGCUACGUUUUUUCUCUCUAAUUGGUGAUGCAGAAAACUAUGGCAAACCGAAAAUGACAAUUUUUUCAGAGUACGAUUCGGAAGAAGAAAGUGAUGAGGAUUCUGUAUACUCGACAUCGAAAAAUUACAGCACGUUAAGUGAUACGAACGUAAGUGAUAAAGACGAUGAAUCCGUUUGUAAUAGGAGUGAAAACAUGAGUGAUAUAAAUAACCACUUUGACAAAAUAAAUUUAGAAAAUGAAAAAAAUUCUUUUGUAAAAGAAAUAUCAUUAUUGUGCAAAGAAGCAAUUGAAAAACCACAACAUAUGAGUUACAAAAUUUUGGAAAUGAAAAGUUUCAGACUUUCGCUAAAUUUCACUGACUUGGAUGUUAUCAUUUCAUUUUUUCCAAUUUUUUGGGACUUUAUAAACAGCAUGGAAUUUGAUAAAGACACAUGGGUGGAAAAUUUUGACAAUGCCAAAUUGGACUUGUUAUUUUCGUCUUUUCUUCUGGACGAUCAGUUAUAUUAUGAGACCAUCUACGGGUUGAUUUUAGACUUUUCCAAAAAGGAGUUCCUCACGAAUGAUGUUAAAAAUAAUGUGUACGGCUCGGACAAGUUGUGCGCGGCGUUCGAGUACAUUUACCAUUCGGAUAUUUUUGAGUUCAACUAUUUUAAUGAAUGGAUUAGCAAAAACAAAGAAGACGAGUACUUGGCGAAUAACAAACGGCUCAAGGCUUUCGCGGAGUGGCUCGCACAGGAGUAG